CAGAAUGGCGAUUGAUCGCCAAAGUCGCCCAGAGUCCCAGAGAAAGAGUAUUUUUAAACGGUUCUCGACGCUUUAGUGAACGAGACGUGCGUCGCGAUGCUUUCGUGACUUCUGUGCGUUCACAGUAGUUUUAAUUAUUGGGAAUAUAAAUACUAUACUUACAACAUUUCUAUCCAAGAACACUUGUGUUUUUUGAUAUAGUUUUGUUUAGUGAUUGAACUACUGGCAAUAUUCGAACAACCAAAACAAACAAACGGUAAUGUUGUGUAUUUGUUUGCCAUUGAGGCGGAGAAAACAUAGAUAUUGUGGAACAUCUGGCCGCGAAAAGAAACUUUAACAGCUGUUGGUGCAUAGUAUGCUUCAUAUUUUACCGGCUGCAGCGAAGUUCCUGGCCGGUUAUGGGGCAGCGGUCGACUUCGCCGAUGUUAUAGCACAGAUAUAGCAGAAGCCGGUGCGAGAGGCUGCGUCAUACCACUGACGAUAACUCUCGCAUGCGCUAACAAAUAGAACAAAUUACAAAAUUCUAAAACACCUCCAGAUUCCGCAAUUUAAAUUUUGCAAGCGAUAACGAUAAGGUUUCGUAUCCGCUGGAGCUAACCGAUAAGGGGUUGAUAAAGUCAGACUGCAAGAGAUCGCGCGCGGCGAACGACGUGUUCUGUGCAGUGCAGUGAGACGUGAUAGUGAUUUGAAAUUUUGAAAAACGAAUGUGUUCAAUAUUUUAAGAUGCACGUUGAAUUAUGGUCGAGUCUGGCGACACUGGGAUGGUUAGCUAGCAUCGCGGGAUGCCACUCGCCGGGCAACGAGCUGGAGUCGGUGCGGUAUGCUGCCGCUGAUGACAGGAUCGGCAGCGACACCUACGUCGUCGCCAACAUCAACAUCACCUAUGAGGAUGAGCACGGGGUGAUCUAUUCGGAGACUUCCGAGUCGGGGAAGUACGGCGAAGGCUUCGUGGGUUCCGCUCGCGGCGUCGCAGUGCACGUGAGGUCGCGCGACUCCGCCCACGACCACAGCGGCUGCAAGUGGCCGCUGCUGUCCGCUGCUACUCCCGACCUGCCGCUGCCGGCGGAGCCCUGGGUCGCCGUCAUCCGCCGCGGCAGCUGCAACUUUGAGAUUAAGGUUCAGAAUGCGUGGCGGUCUAACGCGUCGGCGGUGCUCAUCUACAACGACCGGGACGCCCCCGGACUUGAGAAGAUGAAGCUCUCCACUGACAGUGGACGCAACAUAAGCGCGGUGUUCACGUACAAGUGGAAGGGCGAGGAGAUCACGCGGCUGGUGGACAACGGCACGCGCGUCACCAUCGCCAUCAUCAAGGGCAGGAAGUGGGUGCACGGCAACAACAGCAUCAACAGGACGUCGGUGCUGUUCGUGUCGAUCUCGUUCAUCGUACUGAUGGUGAUAUCCCUGGCGUGGCUGGUCUUCUACUACAUACAGCGCUUCCGGUACAUACACGCCAAGGAUCGGUUGUCGAAGCGACUGUGUUGUGCUGCGAAAAAGGCGCUAUCAAAAAUACCCGUGAAAAGCUUGAAAUCUGAUGACAGGGAAGUGCAGGGCGAUGGCGAGUGCUGUGCGAUCUGCAUCGAGCCCUACAAGGUCUCCGAGACGCUGCGCUCGCUUCCGUGUAGCCAUGACUUCCACAAGAGCUGCAUCGACCCGUGGCUGCUGGAGCACCGCACCUGCCCCAUGUGCAAGAUGGACAUACUCAAAUACUACGGUUUUGUGUUCACGGGCAGCCAAGAGAGCAUCUUGCAGUUGGACCUAGAGGAGGCCCGCAGCCGCGCCGUCAGCCCCUCCAGGGGCCGGCACCCGCUCACACUGCUGACGAGCGACAACUCGUACUCGGAGGCGGGCAGCGGGCGGAGCUCCCGCGCCGGCUCGCCCGACCAUCUCGUGCCGCCCGUCAGACUCGACAGCUCCCGAGCCCCUUCUCCGUCCCGCAGCAGCAUCGUGUGCGCGCGCGACGACGGCGCCUCGGUCUCCGCCGCCCAGGUCUGAGGGCCGGUCGCGGGCCACAGGGGCCCCGCCCCAACCUCGUGAGGGCCGGCCUUGCCCGUAACUAGGGCCACGUUUCCCCCUAGAAUGGGGAAGGCCAGGUUCACAUCGUUUGGCCCGGCCCUGAAGCUUGAGGCCGGCCGCUCCUCGUGCCAAAUAUGCAGUGACUCUGAGGCAUCAACUCGAUAUCACGUGUACGAGUCUGCGAGCGUUCGAGUUCCCAACAGUGCGGCUGACGAGUGCCCGUUGUGAUGUGUUCAUUAACGAAAAAAUACUCAAAAAAGAAACAAAAAAAAAACUUCCAGUGAUAAAUAAGUGGAUGACAAGUGAUAUUUUUGUAACGAACUCGUAGCUUUAGUUUUAGUUCGUAAUUCACCGCGACUCCGCCUAGUCAACUAUGAAUGUGCUAACCCUCAGUCCCCGAGCGUACCCUCUAGCCGAGCGUUAGGGACAACCCUGAACUGAUGGCAGUUACAUAUUAAACUAAAUAUAGUAUCUUUUAUAUUCAUUUUGUAAGAAUGUUUAUGUUGGAACACAUCUAUAUAUUUACAUGUCUUUUCAUACAUCGUUUAUAAUAUAAAUAUUAUGUAUGGUGUCUUUUAUAUUAACACUUAAUAUCGUUUAAUACAAGCGCAAGAUGAACUUUACUUACAGAACAAUCAGGUGGAAUAUUUUGAAAUCAACUGUGACUAGACGCGAUUUGUAAUUAGUUACUAUACUUAGUGACUGAAUAAUUAUUCAAAGUUUGGUCGUGGAUUACGUAGAAUUCGCACAUUAUACUCUUUGCUACCUGUCUCUUUCUCUCUAGCAUGAAUAGGAAUAUAUUAGUGAGCGAGCCGAGUAGUGAUGGGUCAGUGUACAAAAAUCUAAGUGAUCCGCAACCUAACUUUUUACUUACCUAUUGUGUUAAGACUUAAUAUUGACUGUAAUAAAAGGUUGUUGAUAUUAAAUGAAAUACAUCAUUUUCUCCUAAUGUUGUGACUUGUGAUGGUUAGUCGAGGCAUUAGACAUGUAAUUUCAAAUGGACUUAUACUAUGUUACUUCAUGGAGGAAUCCUGAUUUAAUAAUUGUUUUGUAAUACAAAACAUAUUCUUGAGUCACAAAUAUUACUAUUUACUUAUAUCAGGCACUCAGUUUACUCCAAGGCCCAUCUAAAUAUUGUAUUCUCAUCUUUUUGCAUGUUUUCAAAAAUUAAGUACAUGGUGGUAACUAUAUAACUAAUAUUUUUCUUUUUUUUUGUUCGUACUUAACGCAUGGAUUUGGUUGAUCUCAUAAUUAUGUUCAUUCGUAUGUAUAUAGAGUAUAAUGUCGGUUGGUGGCCCGCUGCAAAGCGAUCCGUCCAUACUUGAUGCACGGUCUAACUUUAAACUAGAUGUAAGAAUGUAAUACGCUGUUAGACUUAUAUGUAGUCUCGUGUUUUUACUUUUUUACAUAUAAGUUUAUUAAAUUUAGCUCAGAUUAUCGCCAUAUGAGUUCAUUAUCGCUAGAGAAGAGUUUUGAAAUACGAAAAAAGAUAAAAAUAUACAAUAGACUAGAGACAAACCUCGGUAUAGUUGACUUCAACGGAAUGCGAGUUUUUGUUUGUAGUAUUUAUUGAAGUUUUUAUUUUGUAGAUUAUUUUAGGAUCCUAAUUUCGGAUAAACAUUUCACAUAGAUUAAGCGUUAAUUGUUUAGUUUAGAGAUACUUUCACAUAAGCAUGCAAAGAAAAAAUGUAACAUCCACAGACAGCUAGAAACAUCUGGAUGCACCUUGUGUGAGAGCACUCUAGAUGUUUACCACCUUACAUUCAGUUGGGCUAGGAAAUAGCGGUAGACUGUUAACAAUACUUAAUUUUUGUUCUAAAAUGUUAGCUGAAAAUCUAGUCUGAAAUUAACGAGUUACGUCGCUUCGCGCCGAGAUACGGGAAGUAUCGAGGAUUUUGGCUUUAUGUUCAAGAACCAAAGGUUUGAUUUUCGAGCGAUGUCAUUCGUUUAUGUUAAGUUUAUAGUUGUAAGUGAGCAUUUAAGUUGUGCAGUACAUUAAAGUACUUAUUAUAUGUAAUGAAAUCCAUCGGAUUUUAACAUUAACAAGGAGACUGGUAUGUACUUUAUAUAUAUUAUAUGAUUACGAUAUAAAAGUAUAUUUACAUUCCCUUCAUAUAACGAACCGUACUUCCGCGCGUGUUCAAGUGUUUCAAUAAAAACCAAUACAGUAUUUA